AUGGAUCUGAAGGACACGGUAGACAGCAACUCGGUCCCAAAGGCCGUGAUCAAGAAUGCAGACAUGGACGAGGAACUUCAGCAGGCGGUGGUGGAUAUUGCGCACGAAGCCAUGGCCAAGUUCUCCGUCGAGAAGGACAUCGCCGCGCAUGUCAAGAGAACUAUGGAUGAGAAGCAUGGACCUACGUGGCACGCUGUGGUUGGCAAGAACUACGGUAGCUACGUCACUCACGAGACCAAGCACUUCAUCUACUUUUAUCUUGGUCAGAUCGCCUUCCUACUCUGGCGCGCCUAG